AUGUCCGUCAUUGCGCACGUAGACCAUGGGAAGUCGACCUUGACGGAUUCUCUGGUAUGCAAGGCUGGUAUCAUCGCCGACUCCCGAGCUGGCGACGCUCGGUUCACAGAUACUCGAAAAGACGAGCAAGAUCGCUGUAUCACAAUCAAAUCCACAGCCAUCAGUCUGUACAAUAAAAUGUCUGAAGAAGACGUUCAGAUGGUGAAGUCAGUUCAACCUCUAGCCAUUAAUGCUGAUGGGACUGAGGAACGAGGCUUCUUGAUCAACCUAAUCGAUUCUCCCGGUCACGUUGAUUUCUCUUCUGAGGUCACUGCCGCUCUUCGUGUCACAGAUGGUGCUCUUGUGGUAGUAGAUUGUGUCUCCGGCGUCUGUGUUCAAACCGAGACGGUGCUCCGACAGGCCAUCGCUGAACGUAUCAAACCA